AUGGCACCCAAUGACCGUGUCUCUCAGAUCGCAUCUCACCUCAACUACCCUAGGGGUCUCCUAGCCGGUCAAGUAGCCAUUGUCACCGGAGCUGGUCAAGGCAUUGGAGCAGAAACCGCACGUCUGUUUGCGAAUGAAGGAGCCAAAGUCGUCGUCUCGGACAUUGACGGCGAGAAAGCAAAUGCCGUCGCCAAAGCCAUCAUCAGCAAUGGCGGCAAGGCUCUGGCUGUCGCUGGCGACAUGUUAGAUGAUGCCUAUCUCAAGACCCUUGUCGAAAAGACGGCCGAGUUUGGAGAGGGCAAGAUCCAUAUCAUCAUCAACAAUGCAGGCUUCACAUGGGAUGGUGUUAUACACAAAACCACGGACAAGCAGUGGGACACAAUCAUGUCCCUCCACGUCUCCGCUCCCUUCAAACUCAUCCGCAAUGCCGCCCCUUACUUCCGCGUCAAAGAUGGCGAACCCAGAAACAUCAUAAACAUCUCCUCAACCUCGGGUCUACACGGAAAUGCAGGACAAGCGAACUACGCAGCCGCAAAAGCAGCCGUCACAGGUCUCACAAAGACGAUUGCCAAGGAAUGGGGCCCAGCAUUUGGUGUCCGUUGCAACACUGUUGCCUUCGGCUUUAUUCAAACAAGGCUUACGGCUGCCAAAGAGGAGGGUGCUUUCGUGACUACACCUGAUGGUGAAAAGAUUGCUCUGGGUAUUCCUGGUGCACAGAAGAAGGGGAGGGAGGAAGGUGCUGGUGCGUUCAAGGACAUCCCGCUUGCAAGACCCGGUACCGCUACUGAAGCUGCUGGUGCUAUCCUGGGUGUUGUAAGCCCUUACUUCUCCUAUGUCUCAGGUCAAACGAUCAGCGUCACUGGGGGUCGCAAUAUAUAAGCAAAGAGCUCUUCUAUAUAGCGGUGGUCUAUUUGUCAA